UAUUUUGUUAUUAGUUUCAAUUCUACCGUUGAUCUGUAAAAGCACAAUGCUCUGCUACCGAAAAUGACGAUCAACGUGAAAAUUGUUCACCUUGGAAUUAUUAUUUUGAGUGUUUUGACUUCUGUCGCAGCGCUAAAUUGUCGGUACCGCAACGAAGGCAUUUUCCCUGAGAGCAUUUUCUCAGUUUAUGCGGAUUUUGGAUGCUACAAAUACACGCAGCAGAAGCUCCUGAUUAACGGUGGGAUUUUCCGGAAAUUCCCCAAAUGCUCCCCAACAUUUAAUGGUCACAGACUUGUGGGAAUCCUCUUGGAUGGGAAGUGCCAGGUCUUUCAUCACAACAAUACGAGGAUUCAGGAGUUAGUCAAGGAGACAUUUAUCAGUGAAGCUCAUUUUGAUCGUUGGUUGGAGUGUUGUGAAGAAGCUGCUCAGUGUUGUAGGGAAAUUGGGCAGGAGAGUGUUGAGGAAAAAAAUAAUGAAGAACAUUGUCCAGCUCUCUGGGAUGGAUGGACGUGCUAUGAUGCUGUGCCAGCGGGGAGUAUUGUUGAGAAAUCAUGCCCAAUUUAUGCUUAUUCCGGGCAAGGACCUCAAUGCACACAUUUCAGCCAGAAGGAAUGCUUCACAAAUGGCACAUGGAGUGUUCAAACAAAUUAUGCCACGUGCGCCAUUAAUCAACGUUUAAUCACAAGAACUCAAUGGCACAUGGUUGUUCUGGGGAUCUCGAUUGCAGUCUGCCUCCCAGCCAUUGCUAUUUUCAUCAUCUACAAGAAUUUGCAAACGUUGAAAUUUUUCCUUAUACGGAAUCUCAUUAUAGCGAUCGUUGUUCGAAGUAUUCUUGUAAUAAUGUCCAAGAAAUUGAUAAUUCUCGAUGAAUUGACCAAUGAGAGUGACACAGUUAUCUCGGAGAAUGGAAUUCCCUGCCGUAUGUUGGCGUUCUUUGAGAAAUUAGCUGCUAAUGCUGUGUUCACGUGCAUGCUUCUGGAGGCUAUUCAUCUGCAUCAUCUCCUUACGAAUAUGUAUGAAUGCCGAAGGGGUCCUAAGAAUAUUAAUAUGCUCUACUUUUACAUUGGAGGAGCUGCAAUUUCCCUUGCAGCUGCCCUUGCGUGGGCUCUUGCAAUGGCCUUUGGGAAUGAUCAGUACUGCUGGGUUGUGACUGAUGGGACGGAUUUUCAGUGGAUCAACGAUACUCCUCGCUUACUCAUGCUGACCAUCAACUUCAUCCUGCUCCUUCACAUUGUCCUGUGUUUAAGGAAGAUGUUCAAGUAUAAUCCAAAUGAGAGAAAUUCCUACAUACGAAGAACUGCAAAAGUAUCGCUAAUUUGUCUUCCACUGUUCGGUGUACCAUUCCUAUUCGUUGCAAUUCGACCAGAAACAGAAUCCUGCCCGUGGGAGCAAUUCUACUAUUUCAUCUCAUACUCCUUGGAGGGUCUUCAGGGAGUCUUUGUGGUCAUCCUGUAUUGCUACACAAACCGCGAAGUUCGCAGCACACUGAAGGAGUCGUGGUGGAAGUUUUGUGAGUAUCUACCAAAUAGCAUUAAAGUUCGCCUAUCAAGACAAACUCCUUGCUGGGGCAGUGGGUGCAAACGGCACAGUACAGCAACAAGCACCACCGCGGGGGAUUUUACCAGCAGAAAAUCAUCUUCUAUCCUAACGAAUUCAUCGCAAAAAUUCCCCAUGAUCCCCGAGGAGGAUCCCCAGAAGGCAGCAAAGUGUUUCAGAGUCAACAGAACAACCUCAGUUGAGACCACGUGGAGCUUUCAUGACAUUAACUUUGAGAAUUUUGAUUUGUCCCCGCACAAGGAGGAUUUGCCAGAGUUUCCCGAAGCUCCAGUGUCGGAAGGAGUCGGAAACGGAAGGAGUGACAGCACUGUAUGAUUUUGAAUUAAGCUCCUCUCUAGUUGUUAAAUUCAUCAUGAGUUACUCUUGCUGAGGGAUGACGCAUGAGCGAGUGCCGUGUGAGGGAAAUAUUGCGACGACGCGAAGGAAAAUCGAUAAAUUAGAAAUUUCCCCAGGAAAAUUAUCUAGCCGAAAAGUUUUUUGAACGACGAGGGAACCUUUCGAAUUUUCUGGUGUUGAAUUUAAUUAAUUUAAGCCAUUUUAUCAUAGAAUUAAGGUGAGUUAUUUUAUUACUUAUGAAUUUAUUUUUGAAAAAUAAUAAAAUGUGACGAAGUGAUAAUUUUUUUAAAGUGUUUUUUAAAAAAUAUGUAAUCUUAAUUAAAACAUUUCAAUAUUAAUAUUAGUUUAUAAAGGUUUUUGAUUUAAAAGAAGCUUGUUCUUUAACUUUCAUAAGACCGUUGAAAUUCAAAUUUCAAAAAGCAGUUUCAGCUUCUCUUUUCAAAAACAAAAAAAGAAUUAAAUUUCCACCUGUAGAGCAGAGGAAGUGGAAAGUAAGAAAAGGGAAAGAAUUAAGAGUCAAAUUCUAGCAGAUAAUUUCAAAAGAAAACUCUAAAAUUAUUUCUUAAACAGAUGAAAGGAGCAAGAAACAAUGAAUUGAAAAAUUGAGGUUAAAAUAAUGGCUUCUUAGGAGAAAAUGUAGGACAAAUGAGUUUAAGAAUUUUUUAAGUGAAAUUUCAAGAAAAUUAUUCAAAAAUUUCUUUUUUUAGACGAUUUUAAAGAAUUCGUGAAAAUUUCAAAAACCCGAACAAAUCUGGGUUAGAAUGAUUCUAAUUUGUAAAAUAACUAACAUAAAUUGCUAAUUAGCCUACAAAGGUCUGGAUUUUAUUAGAUUUAAUAUUGAACUAAAAUUAAGAUUAACUUCAAAAUCAAGUUGAAUGUUAAGCUUUAAACCUUUUUUUUUUAAAUUGACGUGUAAACAUAAUAAGAUUUAUUUUAAGAAUUCUAUCAAAAUAUUCGUUUUAUUCUCAUUAAUUUUAAAACUAUAUAUUUCUUAAUAAUUAUGUCUAUAAUUUAAUUCUAAAGAUAAUUUUUAGUUUUAUUCUAAAUCUUCUAAGAUUUUCAAGUAUUUAAUUUUAUUUUAUAUAUAUUUCAAAUAAUUUUAAUUUUAUUUAAUAUCCAAAUAAAAGUUUUUUUUAAACAGAAAAA